GUAGAAACGGAAGCUGAAAACCAAAACAAAACUGUAAAUUUUGCAGUUAUAAAGUAAAAUUAAUAAUAAUUAUACACAAAAUAAACAAAAUUAAAAUGGAAAUAACACUGGCCAUUAUUAAACCUCAUGUAGUGCGUAAUACCGUAGCCUUCCAGGCUUUAAAACGUUUAAUAAAAGAACAUUUUAAAAUACUAGACUCCAAAGAAGUGCACAUUACGAAACAACUAUCGGAAAAGUUUUAUGAAGAGCACAAGGGUAAAUUCUUCUAUAAUCGUUUAAUAACCUUUAUGGGAAGUGGUCCCAGUUAUGCUUUAAUAUUACAAUCACAAGACAGCAUUUCCAAGUGGAGAGGUUUGAUGGGCCCUACCAAAGUCUAUAAGGCUGUGUAUUCAAAUCCAGACUGUAUAAGAGCCAUUUAUGGUCUUUCGGAUACGCGCAAUGCUUGCCAUGGUUCGGAUAGUGUGGAAUCAGCUUUAAGGGAAAUAUCUAUAUUAUUUCCAGAUUUCAAUAAAGAUGUCUUAACAUCAGAGAACAGCUGAUGGGUGUAAAAGAAAACAUCUGGGUGUUUAUUUUUUGCUUCAGCUGUGGGUGUUGUCUUUGUGGCGUUGAAAAAUCGCUAGUUUUUUGCAAACUAUGAAAAAGUAACGGUUUUGUGCAGAGUAUUUUAUUUAAAAAAAAAUUAAAAUUUAAUAUUCUCUUGGAAAGUUGGAAACGUUAAAAUGUACUUUGGAGAGUGGAGGUAUAGAUUUCAUUGCAUAUUGAAACUUUGUAUAUGAGGUUUAGAAAGGUCGCGGAAUAAUAUUCUUAUAGUCCUAUCAAAGUUACGAAUGUGGGUCAUUUCUUCGGUUAGACUUCUGAAGCUUUCGUAUAGUUAUUCGAAUCGUCAUUGAAUUAAAAGAUGACUAAUUGUCAUUUAUAACUACUGAGAAAAGGCAAAUGGUGAAUGAAAAAAUUCCUAUAAAAGACUUCCAUCCUUCUUGGAUAGUGAGAUACCGAUUGGUAUUCAUCACUGUUACCGUACUUUUAAUAGAAAGCAUUCUUGGGGAUCUAUCUAUCUAUCUAUUUGUGCAUUAAUAAAAUUUAGAUACUUCUUGUAUAUGUUUUACAUCUAGAAAUCGACUUUUCCUCCAUUUAUUUAAACACGAUUCCACAUACCUCCGCUUCGUUUUUACUCCUAAUAAAAACAUUUAUUUACUUUUUUUAAUGUAUAUAUAAGUAAUGUAUUAUGUAUAAGGCAGAAGUAAAAAAUAACAAUAAGU